AUGUCAAUAAUCUUUUCCACAUUACCAACCACAAGGGUGAAAGAGUUGAAUGAAUUGGUUGUUGGAAGAUUGUCCCAACCUGCUGUACUCCUCACUGCAAUAUUUCAUUAUCUUGCAAGAUCAAUUGAUCAUGUCUGUGCGGUUGAUGGUAUUCCUAGGCAUGAUGGUACAAGUUGUUUUAAUGAGAAAUGGGAUGCAGGUUUUGUGUUGGCUUUAGAAGGGCUUUGUUUUCCUGAUCAAAGAGGUCUUGGAGUAUCAGGAUUCAAUAAUCAAUUUCAAAUCAUUUCGGCAAUUAAUCAAGUUAUUGGUGCCAGGCUGACUUGA